GGGGCAAAGGGGGCGUGGCCUCGCCUCAGGCUUUUGUUCAGUCUGAGAAGAGGAAGGAAGAGGGAAGGAGGAAGGGAGGAAGCGGAAGCGGAAGAGGAAGAGGAAAGGGCAUGUCGUACAUUCCGGGCCAGCCGGUCACCGCCGUGGUGCAAAGGGUCGAGAUCCACAAGCUCCGCCAAGGGGAAAACCUCAUCCUGGGCUUCAGCAUCGGGGGCGGCAUCGACCAGGACCCCUCCCAGAACCCCUUUUCCGAGGACAAGACUGACAAGGGCAUUUAUGUGACCCGAGUGACAGAGGGCGGCCCGGCGGAAGUGGCGGGGCUUCAGGUGGGAGACAAGAUCAUGCAGGUGAACGGGUGGGACAUGACCAUGGUGACGCACGACCAAGCGCGGAAGCGGCUGACCAAGCGCAACGAGGAAGUGGUCCGGCUCCUGGUGACCAGGCACUCCCUCCAGAAGGCCGUCCAGCAAUCCAUGAUGGGCCCCGCUUGCCACUGAGUCGCAUUGGAGGAGGAGGAGAAGGAGACCAGUGCCAUCUUGGUAGAGGCGGGGCCCCGUGCCUCUCCCAAGAUGGCACCCGCCGCCAGAGAACCGGCCCGUUGGAAUUCGCAGUUUUUGCAAACUUCCUCUUUUGGACGAUGGGAACUUUCCGUGGCUUAACAUAAAUCAGUUAUAGUCCAACUUUGGCCCUCUGGGUGUUUUGAACUUCAACUCAACUGUGGGAGUUGAAGUCCAAAACACCCAGAGGGCCAAAGUUGGACCAUGCCUACUUUAGAUCCAUGUCCUGCCUUAUCACUUCCUCCGAGUUUACUACAAGGGUUGAAUGAAAAGUAAUGCCUCCACCUUCGUAACUCCUCAACAGAUGGCAGUACUGGUAUACGGCAGGUACUGGCUUAUUCAGUAGACUCUCCUUUACAGUUCCAUUUUGAUACGAAGCCUUAGCAUUGAAUGGUUGUGUUGUUAAAGUGAAAAGUAAUGCCUCCACCUUCGUAACCCCUCAACAGAUGGCAGUACCGGUAUGAGGCAUGUAUUGGCUUGUUCAGUAGAUUCUCCUCUACAGUUUUGUUUUGGCGAGAAGCCUUAGCAUUGAACGGUUGUGGUGUUAAAGUAAAAAGUAAUGCCUCUGCCUUCGUAACUUUUCAACAGAUGGCAAUACUGGUAUGUGGCAAGUGCUGGCUUGUUCAGUAGACUCUCCUCUACAGUUUCAUUUUGGUGGGAAGCCUUAGCAUUGAAUGGUUUUGUUGGUAAAAUGCAAAGUAUGGAACCCUGUGCAGACAGUCGGUCAGUGCGACUUAAGCAACAGCAGAAGGUGUCACCCCAAAGGUGUCACCCCAAAGGAGAUUCGUUGGGGAAUGCAAACUGUUGAUGGUGAUUGUGUUGAUAUGAGUACUGUGUGUCGUUGAGUGAGUAAGUUCAAAGAUGUUGAGGUGACACCUUCUGCUGUCAAGAAUUCAAGGACUGCACGUUGCUUAAGUCACAUCAACAACACAACCAUUCAAUGCAAAAUGGAACUAUAGAGGAGAGUCUACUGAAUAAGCCAGUACCUGCUGCAUACCAGUACCGCCAUCUGUUGAGGAGUUACGAAGGUGGAGGCAUUACUUUUCACUUUAACAACACAACCAUUCAAUGUUAAGGCUUCCUAGCGAAAUGGAACUAUAGAGGAGAGUCUACUGAACAAGCCAGUACCUGCUGCAUACCAUUACUGCCAUUUGUUUAGCAGUUACGAAGGUGGAGGCAUUACUUUUCACUUUAACAACAAAACCAUUCAAUGCUAAGGCUUCCUGCCAAAAUGGAACUGUAGAGGAGAGUCUACUGAACAAGCCAGUACCUGUCGCAUACCAGUACUGCCAUCUGUUGAGGAGUUACAAAGGUGGAGGCAUUACUUUUCACUUUAACAACACAACCAUUCAAUGCUAAGGCUUCCUAUCAAAAUGGAAAUAGAGGAGAGUCUACUGAACAAGCCAGUACCUGCUUUUCAUUCAACCCUCGUAUAUUUUAUCUAGGAAGCUCAAACUAGGAAAUCCUACCAUCAAAGAUUCUGAAAAGCCACCCGAGUGCCAUUUCGUAUGUCGAUCAAUCCACAAACAGGGCAUUUGUAGCUUCCCAUAUGGAGAGGAGGCUUUUUGGCGCCUGCUGUGAGUUCCUUUCAACCCUGUAUUUUGGAAUAUACUGUAAAUAUGCCCCCUCUUUCUCCCCCUUCCUAUACAUCGAGAUCACUAACUUAUUUCAGUAUAUUACUGCUCUCUCUCUCUCUUGACUUGGGCGGCAUUGAUUCUCUGUCCGACGGGGUGUAAACAGAGCGGCCGCGACCACUAGAUGCCUCUUGAUCACUGUGUCCUUUUUGUACUUCCGAUUCCAAGGUUUUGAUAAAAAUGUAUGAUUAUUCUUUUUUGGGUAGGGAAGGGGGAUUUUGUGGUUUUUUGCGCACAAAACACUGAACUCGUGAUUCACCGCACUCGCCUUGUUUCGAAGAGAUGUUGAUCAUUUGCUAUGACAAUAAUAAACCAGCCAAUCAAGGCUUUCUGACGGA